UUCUCUACAUUAGUUCUACAUAUAGAGGAAAUAUCACAAAAAAUAUUCCAAGGAGGAAAACCACUACAAAAAUUAUUAAUUUUAAGCAUAUUAUAUCACUUUGACGUACCAAUUUCCAUAGCCCCUCGCAACAACACGAUGUCUUCUAAAAUUAUCGGCAAUUUGAAUUUCUUCCGACAAACGAAUAUUGAUUCGAUAUAUAUACGCUCUAUCUCUUCCAAGGUAAUUACAUAAACAUUACCGUCCACAAAACUUCUCCGAGUGUUGGCGCAAGCGCUGCGCCGGACAUUCAAUUCUGGCAAAUGUAUUGACCGUCAUGGCAGUGCUCCGCGCACCUCCAUGAAGGUAUCAUGUCAAACUUCAAACAUGCACCGAGUAAUGCUAAUUCAAAAACACGCAACGACUACAGUUUACAAUUGAGUCGAUGGUUCCUUAUAUCGAUCGGCGCUUGGCCACAAACACGCACAUCCAGCAUAAUAGAGAGACUCUCCUCGAUAAUACUUGUUCCCAUGUGGUUGUUUAUGGUGGCAGUAAUUACAAUACCGUGUCUGUUAUACGUGUUCUUCGAAGCGAAGGGCAUUCAAACGAAACUGAGGCCCCUCGGUCCGUUGUUUCACCGAAUAAUGGGCACCUUGAAUUAUUGGAUUCUACUUACACGCGGCAAAGCCAUUCACGAAUGCAUAAAACACAUGGAAGAGGACUGGCGUGUCACAGAGAAUAUUCAAAACUACGAGAUAAUGAUAAAACACGCCAAAAUGAGCCGCUAUAUGGCCGGAGUCUGUGCUAUGUUCAUGCAGGGCAGCGCACUUUUCUUUAAUAUAGUCGGAACCAUUAAAACCGUAAAUAUUGUUAUCAAAAACGAGACCAUCACGAUACAUCCGUUGUCGUGUCCAGCGUAUCGCAAGCUCAUCGACGCGAGAUUCAACCCAGCGAAUAAAAUUAUGCUGUUAAUGCAAUUCAUGUCGAGCUAUAUAACAAAUUCCUCCACAGUGUGUAUUUGUAGUCUCGCCAUUGUGUUCGCCAUGCAUGCCUGCGGCCAGUUGAACAUGUUACACACGUGGUUUAAUCAACUUGUCGAGGAUCACGCGAAGGGAAAGCACUUAACUAAACGAAGAAUAGGCAAUAUCGUCAGACAUCACUUGAGAGUCUUGUGUUUUAUAGCACGUAUGGAGAGUAUUAUAUAUAAAGCCUGUUUCGUGGAACUGACUGGAUGCACGCUAAAUAUGUGUUUAAUCGGAUAUUAUUUUGUUACGAACUGGAGUAUACUUAAUACAGCGAAAAUAAUGUCGUACAUUAUGGUAUAUAUAUCAAUGGCUUUUAAUAUUUUUAUAUUUUGUUACAUUGGCGAGAUUGUCACCGAACAGUGUAAAAACGUCGGUCAAAUGGCAUAUAUGACCAAUUGGUACGAAUUGGACUACAAAACUGCACGUAGUUUUAUAUUAAUAAUUGUGCGGUCGAAUAAUGCAAUCAAGAUAACAGCGGGGAAAUUAUUUAAUUUGUCUAUCGCCACGUUCGGGGAUGUAAUUAAAACUUCAUUAGCUUAUAUGAAUGUAUUGCAAGCAAUGUCUAUGUGAAAUGUAAUAAAAUAGAUAAUAAA